UGCGCACAUGCGUAUGAGCGGUGGGCGGAGUCAUCCAGUCGGUCAGGAAGAGGCGAAAGGCGGACACAGAAACAUCAAGCGAUGGCAGCAAUCAGGAAAAAACUGGUGAUAGUUGGGGAUGGUGCCUGUGGUAAGACCUGUCUGCUCAUCGUCUUCAGCAAGGACCAGUUCCCAGAGGUGUACGUCCCCACUGUGUUUGAGAACUAUGUGGCAGACAUUGAAGUGGAUGGCAAACAGGUCGAACUAGCACUUUGGGAUACAGCCGGACAGGAAGACUAUGACAGACUGAGGCCUCUCUCCUACCCUGACACUGAUGUGAUCCUCAUGUGCUUCUCCGUAGACAGCCCUGACAGUUUAGAGAAUAUUCCAGAAAAGUGGACUCCUGAGGUGAAACACUUCUGUCCAAAUGUUCCCAUCAUCCUGGUGGGCAAUAAAAAAGAUCUGCGCAACGAUGAGCACACCAGACGAGAGCUUGCCAAAAUGAAACAGGAACCAGUUAAACUUGAAGAUGGAAAAGAGAUGGCAAACCGCAUCAGUGCCUAUGGCUACCAGGAGUGUUCUGCCAAAACCAAAGAUGGUGUGAGAGAGGUCUUUGAGAUGGCAACUCGGGCAGCACUGCAGGCCAAGAAACGUGGCAAGAAGUCCAGCUGCCUUCUGUUAUAGGCUCUCGGAGAAGAGGAGGGAGCUGACCUCGAGCACAGAGGGAGAGGGGGGCUUCUAAUGAGAUUUGACAUGGGGGAGAAUACCGGGGAGGGCCCAGAAAAGUUUUGCAGAUGCUCAAGUUCCGAUCUGCCAAUUAUCCUCAGCAAAUUAAAGCAGGGCUGGAAUGAAUGGAUAAGCUUCUACACAUUGGUCCUUUGUCUAUACUAUUAGGUUAUGUGCCGUUUUGCUUGCAUCUAUCAAAAAUGUUCAGAUCUAGAAGUCUUUAAGGCAGGUGGUGGGGUGGGUGGGGGUGAUUUGAAGUUGAGUAGAUGUAAAUGGGUUGAAAUGUGCCAUGAUGGGAAUGAAGAGAGAAAAAAGGUCCUUACCAGGCCAAAGAUAAUGUGGACAUGAGAGAGACAAGAUAAAAAAAAAAAGACAUUAAUAUAAAAAGUUUUGAAUUAAGACCA